GUAGACCUGUUCUUAAAUACCGGUGGGAUUUUAAAAGAGCAAGUCAAGUACACGUUCUACUUUUUAGCCAUCUACAGACACAAAAGAAAUGGCCUUUGAACGGAUUAGAAGCAUUCGAAGGAACUGUGAGCACUCCACGAAGUUAGCCUUGUUCAUCGUGUUUUACACCAACAUGUUGGACAGUCUGUUGUUGACGGCGGUAGUUCCUAUCAUUCCGGACAUCCUGCUGGAUCUGGAUGAAGCCAACUUUCACUCCAGGAACAGAACUUUGUACAGAAAUGAAUCAGGGCUAAGCUUGAAUCAAACGCAGAGCCAGUCGUUGACACAAAAGGCCUUUUCCCUGUCAGUUAGUGCUCUGAAUGAGAAUACUAAAGUGGGAUGGCUGCUCUCAUCCAAGGCUAUUAUACAACUCAUAGCGGGACCCCUCAUUGGGCCACUCUGUAACAGGGUGGGAUAUCCCAUAGUGUUGUUCUGUGGCUGUGUGGUGAUAUUGGCCUCAGCUCUAAUUUUUGCCUGCGCAGAGAUGUACAUCCCCCUGUUCUUCGCCAGGGCCGUGCAAGGUUUGGGGUCCGCUGGCACAGUCAUUGCAGGGAUGAGCAUAGUUGCAUCACGAUACCCGGAUGACAGGGCAAGAAGCGGAGCUAUGGGACUCGCGAUGGGAGGAGCGGCCUUUGGAGUUCUUGUUGGCUACCCAUUUGGGGGAUUUAUGUACACGUUUGUGGGCAAAGUAUCACCAUUUCUAGUCAUCUGUGUCCUCAUAUGCGUCGACCUCGGAUUACAAUGGUUUGUCUUUAAUCUCUCAGUCACGACUGAGAAUGCCUGUCGAUCAACGCCUCUGCACAAGCUGUUGCGUGAUCCCUACAUACUGAUAGUGUCAGGAAUCAUCAUGAUCUCUACGAUGGCCAUGUCGGUGCUGGAGCCGACGGUGCCGCUCUGGAUCCUGGACAAGAUGCAUGCUGAAAAGUGGCAACUUGGAUUAGUGUUUCUCCCAGAUAGUGUGGGGUAUUUGGUUGGAACCAACUUCUUUGGAAUUGCAGCUAGAAGCAUAGGGAGGUGGAUCACAACACUAUGUUGUAUGCUAUUGAUUGGGCUGUGCCUCGUCUGUCUUCCGUUUGCAACAACUGUACCGCAGCUUAUCUUACCACAUUUUGGCAUAGGACUUGGCAUUGGCAUCACGGACGCUGCCUUGUUUCCUUUGCUGGCGCUUCUAGUGGACACUCGCCAUGACGCUUUCUAUGGAAGUGUGUACGCUAUUGCCCAACUGGCCGUCUGUCUGGCGUAUUCAAUAGGGCCAUCGGUAGCCGGACAGAUCGUCAAGGCAAUUGGCUUCCCCUGGUUGAUACGAGGAACUGCUAUCCUCAAUCUGCUGUAUUGUCCACUGUGCUUGUUCCUGAGAAAGUUUCCCAGGACGGAUGAAGAAAUACCAGUCAUCAUGUCCCACAAGACAAAAACAGAAAACUACACCAAAGACGCGGACACAGAGAACAGCAGCUUUUCUUAUGGACGUUUGUGUGAAGACGACUGAACAGAUAUACAGGAUACCUGCACAUGCUGACGUCAUCUUCCUGUUCAAGACAAUCGCGAAUCGUCUCUCCAGUACCGACACGUUGAACGUCCCAGGACGUAAUUCUAUAGGACAUGUUUCGUAAUAUAAUUGUGUGUCUACUAUACAUUGCUUGUUUGUAUUUUAAUGCCACACUCAGCGGUAUUCAGCUAUUUGACGGAAGCCUGUAAAUAAUCAAGCCUGGACCAGACAAUCCAGUGAUUGAUGUUAUGAACACCAUCCAGUGUUGUCGGGGUAUGAUGACACAUUGCGCCAAGUCACCUAGCCUGACCUCCCGAUUCAUUAAGUCGCCUCUUACGACCAGCAUAGGAUGCUGGAAAUUUCUUCUAACCCGGCAUCCCAACCACCAAUCCAUAAUUCAUCAUGUCUGAUAAUUAUCUAGAGUGUUUAAUGAUAUAUUUAAUAUUCAUUUUAAUGAACUUUAAUAAAAUCCUAUU